CGCCCUCGUCGCUCUCUUUCGCUCCGUGUUCGAUUUUCCAAGAAUUCAUGCCCUAGUUUGUUCGAUUCUCCUUUUCGGGUCUGUAAUAUAGCGAAUUGGAAGACCAAUCUGAGAAGCUUUUGUGAAAUUUCUGUAGCAGUUGGAUGGCUCGCAACGAUCAGGAGCUGAAGGCGGCGAAAAAUGCGUAUAAGGAGGCGGUAGCCACCGGAAAUCGGCGGGAGGAAGCCCGCUGGGCGAACGUCAUGGGCGACCUACUAAGGCGGCGCGGCGAGUACGUCGAGGCGCUGCGGUGGCUUCGGAUCGAUUAUGAUGUAUCCGUCAAGCACUUGCCGGAGAAGCACCUGCUACCGACGUGCCAGUCCCUAGGAGAGGUUUAUCUCCGGCUGGAGAGUUUCGAGGACGCUCUAGUUUAUCAGAAAAUGCAUCUGGAGUUAGCAAAGAAAGCUGGUGAUCUUGUUGAAGAGCAAAGAGCCAGUACACAGCUUGGCCGGACGUACCAUGAAAUUUUUCUAAGGUCUGAGAAGGAUCAUGAUGCUUUAAGAAACUCGAAGAAGUAUUUUAGGUCAGCAAUGGAUCUUGCUCGGGAUCUACAAGAAAAUCCUCACCAUCGAGGUUCCUUUUUCCUGAAAGAACUGAUCGAUGCUUAUAACAACCUUGGUUUGCUCGAGAUGGAUCUUGAUAACCUUGAUGAAGCGCUGGCAAUACUGCUUGAAGGUUUAAAAAUAUGUGAUCAGGAAGAGGUAAAGCAGGAUGAUGAUGGGCGUAGCAGGCUGCAUCAUAAUCUAGGCCGCCUAUACAUGGAGUUGAGGGUAUGGGAUAAAGCCAAAUAUCAUACUGAGAGGGAUAUACUAAUUUGUCGUAGUAUUGGACAUGCAGAAGGUGAGGCGAAGGGGUUCAUUAAUCUGGGUGAGCUGCAUAAUCGAGUGCAGAAGUAUGACGAAGCAAUUGUUUGCUACCAAAAGGCCUUGAAGAUAGCAAAAUCGAUGGAAGAUGAAAAUGCACUAGUUGCACUAAUUAAUGAGAACAUAAACACUGUUAAAGGUGCUUCUGAGGAGUUAGAUAAAUUGAAAAAAGAAGAACAGAAUCUAAAGAAACUGUCCAGAAAUGCUGUUUUUGCUAAAGGAACUGAUGCUGAAAGAAAAAUUUUAUUGGAGCAGAGUGCAUCCCUUGAUCGUCUCAUUGAGAUAUCAAGCCUGCUUCAGGCUUGGCCAAGACACUGGGAAUUUGCCAAAAGGAAAAAAAGGGUGGCAAGAGAACUAUGUGACAAGGAAAAGCUCGCUGACUCACUUCUUGCAAUCGGGGAAUCAUAUCAAAACCUCAGGAACUUUCCUAAAGCAUGCAAGUGGUACACAAGAAGCUUGGAUGCUUAUAAGUCAAUUAGAAACUUGAAAGGGCAAUCAUUGGCCAAAACUAACAUUGGUGCUGCUUUGGAUUCUGAUGGUGACUGGUUGGGUGCACUAGAUGCAUUUGAAGAGGGUUACAGAAUUGCAGUCAAGGGGAAUUUACUUGAUGAACAGAUUUUAGCUCUUGAUAAUAUGCAUUACAGUUAUAUGAUCCGAUUUGAUGAUGUUGAAAAAGCCAGAAAAUUACAGGUUGACAUAGAUAGAUUGAAGAGUCUACAGGAAGAUGAAGUUCAACACCAUAACCUGGGUACUGAAUGCUGCUCUGAGACUGAGACAGCCUGUUGCUUGUCUGAUACAGGAUCAGAUGAGGAUGUUUCUUCCCAGCGGCAUGUAAAACCUUUUUCUGCUUUGUCAGAUCCACCUCAUAAUGACAAAGAGAUUGGUGAUGACCUCCCUUUGUCUAUGUUUCUCAAACGUAACAAGCGGCCGUCUCAGAAAAGGACAUCCCAGUUGGGUUUUUGCACCGAGAAGGCUCCACAUUCUAGUUUCCGAGUGGAAAAUAUUUCUGUUGAUGUAAGCCGUUCUACAGAUGAUCAACAAUUGGGUUCCCGUAAAAGAGUUCGUGUUAUCAUUUCCGAUGAUGAAGAUUCUGGGAAUGAUGAAAGUGGUUGUUCUAGAGAGGAAGCACAUAACCCUCUAACUUCAAAUAUUGCUACUUCUCAAGGUGUGAGAAGUUCUCCUCUUGGUGCUUCUCAAGAUCAUAAGGCAUCGUCACAUCCUGAUGCCCAAAAAGAUAACCAUAGCAUAUGCGAGUCCAUUCAUCUAGAAGCUAGUUCCUCCUACAGAUCUGAUAAUCACAAAUCAAACUCAGGAAAUGAAAUCAGAUGCAAAGAAACAGGCGCUUGGGAGACCACAAGUAACACACGUUUUGUAUCCAAAGGCUCCACCUCCAGAAAUACACUUCUUGACCAAGGGGAGUUUGAUCCUUUGACGUCCAAUAGUGGAGAUUCUCUUGUAGUUCCUUGUAAAAUUGAUGAAACAAUGGUCCACUUGGAUUUAUCUUCAUGCACUAAUGGCGAUAAAGUGAAUGUUGAUAGUAUGAAGGUGGAAUUAGCAUGUCUUUAUUAUCUAAGGCUUCCUAAAGACAAGUGCUCUCGUGGGAUGUUGCCAAUUAUUCAGCUACUGAAAUGGAAUGAGAAAACUCUGGAUUUGCUCGAGCCAGUUAAACAAUUUGAGGAUUAUGGUAAUGGAAAAGGCUGCAUUGAAGCAGUUAUUAGUGGUUGGAUUCACAAGCGUUUGAUGAAGUUAUAUGUUGACUAUUGUUCUAAAACCUCUGAAUCUCCGAACAUGAAGUUGCUUAGGAAGCUCUACAAUUUGGAGGUUUCCGAGGAUGAAGUUAUAGUAUCAGAUUGUGAACUGGAUGACAUGAGUAUUUUACCUUUCUUGGACGCACUCUAUGACUAUCCAGUUGCUAUCAUGGAUUUGUCACAUAACGUGUUGGGAAAUGAGACAAUGAAGAAGUUGCAUCAAAUAUUUGUCUCUACUACCCAUAUUUAUGGCAGCUUGACACUAGAUUUGCAUCAGAAUCGCUUUGGAGCAACGGCAUUAUUCCAGGUCUGUGAAUGUCCUGUGCUAUUUAGUCGAUUGGAAGUUCUGAAUCUAUCUGAAAAUCGCCUUACAGAUGCUUGUGCAUCAUACCUUUCAGUCAUAUUGAAAAACUGCAAAGCUCUAUAUAGCUUAAACCUAGAGAAAUGCUCAAUCACAUCAAGAACAGUGCAAACAAUUGCGGAUUCAAUACAGUCUGAAUCUAGUCUUUCACAUCUUGCUUUAGGGAAAAAUAAUCCUAUUUCUGUGAGUGUCAUCAUGCAUUUAUUGGAUAGACUUUCUUGUAUAAGGAGAUUUUCGGAGCUCAGUUUAACUGGUGUAAGGUUGGGCCAGGCUGUAAUUGAUAGUCUGUGCAAGUUUGCCGGAAAAGUACCAAGUCUAGCAGCGCUGGCUCUUGGGAACACUUGUAUAGGCUCUGAUGGUGCUGUUAUAUUAACUGAAGCCUUGUCAAAUGUAUCUCAAGAAUUUGUGAAGCUUGAUAUAUCAAAUUGUGGAGUAAGAUCUUGUGACAUGAUUGGCAUAUUCAGGAGCAUAGCCUCAACCGGUAUCCUUGAACUGAAUAUAAGUGGAAAUUCAAUCGAACAAAAGGGCGUGGAUGGAUUAGCGUCUCUUCUCACAAGUUCUCGUUGCUUUCUGAGAGUCCUCAAACUCGACGGCUGUCAUCUUGGUCUCUCUGGAAUUCUUUGCAUAGUUGAGGCCUUGUCAGGAAACAACUCAUUGGAAGAGCUCAGUCUUUCAGAAAACGUUGAUUCCAACACGGACAUUGUAAGCUGUCCAACUAGAACUGCAAGUCUGAAGGGUUCGCAGGGGCUUGAUCUUGCUGUUGCUUCUGAACAGACAGCCAUGGAGGUGGAAACGGUUGAGCCGGUGUUGGAUGUGCAUGAAGCAGAUGUGAACGGGCUUGUAGCUGCAGACAGCGAGGAGGGUUCAGAUAGAGAGGGUCCGAAUGAUGACACUUGUGCUAGUUCAAGCCAAUCACCUGAAGCGAACUUGGCGUCAUCCAAGACACCAGAAAUGACUUCAGAACAUGAACCACCAUAUUUGGCACACCUUUCAAGAGCCAUUAUCAAUGCAAAGCAGCUUCAAUGCCUGGACCUCAGUGGCAACGGUUUCACCUCGGAGGUUGUUGAGAAACUUUACUCCUCGUGGUCAUCAUCUACAAGGAUCAGGUGCUCAACAGCGAGGCACACAGAGAAUGAGAUUGUUCAUUUCUCAGUGCAGGGAAAGCAAUGCUGUGGAGUAAGGUCGUGCUGUAAAAAGGACUGGUGUGGGAGUGGGAUUUAAACUGAUGGAACCAAAUUAGAACAAGGUACAAUUUUUUUUUUCCUCAUCUAACGCGUUGAUCUUCCGCAGAGGAACUUUUGGUGCUCUCAUACGCUACGCUUCUGCGAAGUGUGAACUACUUCAAUUUGUCAAGCUUGUACAGAAUAAAUGAUGGUUGUCGCUAAAUGGCACUUGUUUGGAGGAAUGCGUAGGACGGGCACACGGUUCUUUGACCUUCCAGGCGUUCUACCAUAGAAAAGGUGUUCCACUUUUCCUGCUUAUUAAUUUUAGUGGCCCUCACUAUGUUCUGGCGUCUGUUGUAUACGUGCGUAUUGAGACACUCUACUCAUGUUCUAUUAUCAUGAUAUAACGCUAAGCAACCUCUGUGGGACGCUUGUUAUUUUUUUGGUCACAAAGGAAUCCACCAGGAUCAGGCUCUUUUGUUCUCA